GUGCAAUGUGACGGUAUCGCUCACUGCGCAUGCGCGCACAAUCACAAAUAUGCCCGCUGCCUGACAGACAGUCGACAGCAAAUCAGCCGGAGCAAUAUGACCGGUUAGCUUAUCUCAGCAUUUUUUGUGCCGUUAAGGUCAGAGGUCAUGGCUGCGGAUUGCGGCGCGUUCGUGGACUGGUCCCAGAUGGGCGACGUGAGUCGCGACGCGGCCCCCGGGAAGACCGACUACAAAGACCCCAAGGAGCUGAAGCAGCACGCCCGCUCGGGCCAGUGGGCCAGGAACCACGGCCAGCGCUCGGCCGUUUACCAGCAGCUGCUCCGAGCGCUCCCCUGCCGCACCGUCACGCCCGACGCCGCCGUCUACCGCGACAUCGUAGGCAACUCCAACCCCAAGCGCAGCCCGUCUGCGUAUCCGCUGCCGGAGUUCGUGGACGGGGCGGCGGUGCCGAGCUACUCCCUCAAGCCCGAGUCUGUGGGAUCGGUGCACGCCGUGAUUUCUUGCAUCGCGGGGCAGUUCCCGGAUAUCUCGUACUGCCCGUCUUUACCGGCGGUGACGGCUCUGCUGCUGCACUGGAGCGCCGAUGAAGCGCAGUGCUUCGAGAGCGUCAGCCGCAUGCUGGCCUGCAACGAGCCCGGCCGCCGUCUAUUAGAUCAGACUUUCCUCGCGUAUCAGUCGGCCUGCAUGACCUUCGGCGACCUCGUGCAUAAAUACUGCCCGGCCGCUCACAAGCUGAUGGUGGCCACGGCCACGGACGUGCUGGAGGUCUACUCCGACUGGCAGCGGUGGGUCCUGGGCGACCUGCCCUUCGGCUUCGCCGCUCGCGUCAUGGAUGUGUACUUGGUGGAGGGCUACAAGGUGCUUUACCGCGUGGCGCUGGCCAUACUGAAGUUCUACCGCAAGCAGCGCGCCGCCGCCGGAUCAGGAGCGCCUCCGGCCAAGCAGGACUCGGCGGCGGUCAGGAGCGACAUCCAGGCGUUCGUGCAGAACAUCGGGAAAAGCGUGACGCCCGAGAAGCUGCUGGAAAAGGCCUUUUCCAUCCGCCUGUUCAGCCGGAAAGAGAUCACUCUGCUGCAGCUGGCCAAUGAGAAAUCACUCCAGCAGAAAGGCAUCACCGUCAAACAGAAGAGCUCUAUCAAAAGACAAAAUGUCCAGCUAGCCGUAAACGCCGAUAACUUCAGCUCGGAGAUCGUCAGCGCUAAAGAGAUCAGAGAUAUCUGGUCGUGGAUCCCGGAGCGCUUCGCUUUAUGCCAGCCCCAGCUGCUCUUCACCACGUCGACUCACGGCUGCAGCCUCAACCGGUUUUAUUCCCACUGCGAGGGAUACGAACCGACGUUAAUGCUCAUCAGAACUACAGAUGGAGAGGUGUGUGGAGCUUUCCUGUCCACUGAUUGGGAGGAGCGCAAGAGGGGCGGGAACAAGCUCAGCUUCUUCGGCACCGGAGAGUGUUUCGUCUUCAGAAUGAAGCCGGAGAUGGAGCGCUACGAGUGGGUGGUUAUCAAACACCCGGAGCUGGCGAACGCGUCUCAGGCCGCAGACGAUGAACAGACCGGAGCCAGCGACAACGGUGGGCCGCAGUCUCUAGAGAAGCCGGCCACAGACCCGUCUCACCUCUCCCCGUUUCUGUCCGCCCGGCACUUCAACCUCAACUCGAGGAACACCUCCAUGUUCAUGGCGGGAAACAUCGACUCCAUCAUUAUAGGAGGAGGUGAAGGGAACGCUCUGUACAUCGACUCGGAGCUGAACCACGGCCGAACCGAGCGCUGCCUGACCUUCGACAACCCGCCGCUGUGCUCCGAGAGCUUCCAGAUCGCUCUGCUGGAGGCCUGGGGCUUCAAAGACGCCAUGGCUUCGUAAGAGAGCGGCCCCGAAGACCCGGCCCCGGCUCCGGCCACGAUGAAGCGCAUCGCGUGUGUUUGUCCUCUCGAAGCGAGUGUCGGGAAAGCCUGUGUUGAUCUAGUCCGAGAAUUCGAGAGGUUCUGAUGAAGGAGAUGAGGUUUGGCGCGGAAGGAUUCAAUAUUGUAACGAUUAAUAUCUUUAAAAAAAUCGCAAACCAAGUAUUUAUCAAUGUGAUUCCAGCAAAGUGUUAGAUAUUUCCUGCUGUCUUUUCUGGUGCUCAACACACCGAUAUAUCAUUGUUUUCUCAUUACAGUGAAUGUGUUUUUUCUUUCGUUUAUGCGAAAUAUCAUUUAUUUCUUGUCAUUAUUGGGUGAAAUAUGACCCCUGGCAUUUAAAAGAAUCCCUCUGUUCUUUAUGGAAGCCCGUUUACCCCACUAAAUAUGAGAUAUUUGAUCAAUGUGGUACACGGCCAGCUCACAAUUGCAUUAUAAAGUCAGGAUUGUGAGAUCUCAAGCUAAUGUAGUGUGCGUUCCUGGUAAAGACGUGGAUGUGCGAUUCUGACUUUUCUGACUUUCUGAGUUUGAAGGGGAAAAAAACACUGAAUUGUGAGAAACGCUGGGAGAUAACGCGAAGGCCUUUUUAUGUUUUAUUCAGUGGCAGAAAUGGGCUUCCAUGGUUCUUCUAUGCAGCUUUGUGCCAAUUGGGGAAAUAUCAGAUUUCUUGACACGAAAAGGACCAGAAAACGCGAGCUCUUCGUUAACCUCCAGUCCAAACACGGAUACUUCUGGGGCAUUUAGCGAGUUUCAAAGGCAUUCCAGUGUUCUCUUAAAUCAGAUAUCAUUUACUAAUGUUAUUAUUAUUAUGUCCUCUCCUUGUUCCAAACGUACGGCUCUCUUUCUAUAUUGAAACGCAAACAGAAAUAAAUCAAAUAACCUGCUUUUUUACACAUUUAAAGUCAAGUGGUCAGAGCUGUUAAACACCGUUAAAGUUGGACUUAAGCGAAAAAAAUAAUAACAAUGAAAAAUACCUGCUAUGAGUUUACAGUUACAGUCACUUGAGUUUUUUUGUGAUCAUUUGAGUCUUUUCAACGCGCUUGGCGCUUGACGUAAAGCAUGGAAAUGCAGUCCUACAAAAUCCUUUAAUAAAUGCACUUGAUGCAGAGAGCCAUGCCGUUUUGGAACGACGCGAGUUAAUGGUUGUACGGUCUUGAUUUUCUAACGUCACGUGCACUGUAUCCGAAUGAAUUUCAGUAACCAUAUCCUAAAAAAAAAAUGCAAAAAAUGUUUUUAUUUACAGCUAAGCAAACGUUUGAUGUAUGCAGGUUGAAUAACAAUGCAGCUUUUUGUUAAUCGUUCGAUGGUCUUUGCUUAAAUUGUACGUAUGAAGGCAUAAUCAGCACUGUUUUAAGCGGGGGAGUGUUACGUUUUAUGAGUUAUCUUUUUCUUUGCACUUACUGAGCGUGUUUUAAGCUAGCGGCUGAACUAUAAAGCGGUAAUAAUAUUUGUUUUGAGUCCGUGUGUAUCGGUUAUGGAUAUCUCUUUUCUGUCGUGUCUUUGAAGGCCAGACUGGCUGUGGACGAAUGUUUAACGUGCAUGUAGGCCGUGAAGCGCUCCCCGUAUCAGGUGGUGUGUGUUUUUUGUGCGUUCGGUGUCCCGGGUUGGAGCAGGCCGUCCUGAGUGUGUAUGUGAGCGUGAAGCUCAAGUCGUAAACAUGAAGAAGCAAACCUGAAUUUAUUAUAGUGUCAAACCCGUAGCGGUCUAGUAGAAGACGUCACCUUCCAGACUAGGAGAGUGACCGAUCGUGAUGAAGAAUAAAAACUCUGUUCAUUA